AUCAGUAGUCUGGCCUAUCACAUCACAUAGACGAAAGUGGAAAGAAAUCAGGGAAGCUUUUAUUCUGGUGGGAAGAAAAUGGAAAAAGAACCGUAAGAACGAAAUUUAAAGAGCGACAAGUCGACAACUUAUAAAAGCCACAAAUAGUUGCCCAAAUAAAGUAGUAUAAACUUGAAAAAAAAAUAUUUAUCAAGAGUGAGAGCAGAGAGCCAAAUUAAGAUGGCUGCAGCGAGGAGACUGCCCGUCCUGGAGCUGGUCUCCUUCGUCGCCGUCCUCCUUAUCUCCUCACCAACAGCAGCAGCAGCCGAGUUGUCUGUGGACUUCCACGCGGCGUCGUGCCCGCCGCUGGAGGCCAUCGUGCGCUCCUCAGUGCAAGCCGCGCUGCAGCAAGAGAUCGCCCUCGCCGCCGGCCUCCUCCGCAUCUUCUUCCACGACUGCCUCCCGCAGGGGUGCGAUGCAUCGGUGUAUCUGAGGGGAGGCAGCAACUCAGAGCAGGGCAUGGGCCCAAACCUGACGCUGCAGCCGCGGGCGCUGCAGCUCGUCGACGACAUCCGCGCCAAGGUGCAUGCAGCAUGCGGCCCCACCGUCUCCUGCGCCGACAUCUCCGCGCUCGCCACCCGUGACGCCGUCGUCGUCUCCGGGGGACCCUCGUACGCAGUGUCUCUCGGCCAAAAAGACAGCCUCGCCCCGGCCCCGGUGCGCCUCGUCAACCAACUCCCGGGCCCGGGCACCUCCAGCGUCCAGGCUCUCCUCGACAAAUUCGGAAGCAAGGGCCUCAGAGAGGCCGCCGACCUGGUGGCGCUUUCCGGCGCCCACACCGUCGGGAGGGCGCACUGCGACUUCUUCCGUGACCGCGCCGCCCGCCAGGACGACACCUUCUCCAAGAAGCUGGCCGUGAACUGCACCAAGGACCCCAACCGGCUGCAGAAUCUGGACGUCGUCACGCCCGACGCCUUCGACAACGCCUACUACGUCGCGCUCACCAGGAAGCAGGGGGUGUUCACCUCCGAUAUGGCGCUCAUCAAGGACCGGAUCACGGCGCCAAUCGUCAGGCAGUUCGCCGCGGACAAGGCCGCAUUCUUCAGGCAGUUCGCCAAGUCCAUGGUCAAGCUCAGCCAGGUUCCGAGGACUGACAGGAACGUCGGCGAGAUCCGCCGCAGCUGCUUCAGGACCAACGGACCACGCCUCGUCGACUUGGCCACCGGCGAUGAGGCCGCUUCUCCUUGAUAUGGGUGGAUCGAUCGAGAUCGUUGGCUCCGGCUGUACGACGACAUGUCCACGGAGCGGCCCUCCAUCCGUUGUUGAUUAAUUAGGGAGGUGGUUGACGUAUAUACGCUAGCUGAUCCUGGUCUCGUUGGCCUGCACGAGUGCAGGCCUUGGCCCUUGGCUUUUGUUCGCUUAAUUCGUUGUGUCCCUACCAUAAGGGAGAUAGCAGUGCGACCACCGCAUUUGCUGCGCUUCCGUUGCCACCUGGACCAAGCUCCUCAAAGGAUAUAUGCUUCACAGUAGUGCAAGUUAUUUAUUGUGGAUCUCACUUGUAGAUCCACUCCCA